ACACUGCAUGACAUUGAGUUGACUUUUGGUUUGGUUUUUUUAAUUACAAUACAUUUUAUUUGCAAAGAACGGACAGAAAAUACAUUGCUAUUGAUUGUGGCCACUCGCGUAACUUCACAUACGACUUCUCAUCGAGAAUGAUCUGGAGUGCAAGUGCUGACGACGUUUCUAGCGGGUUCUAGAGGUUGAGGAAGCGUGUGGUCGCAGUGGUCGGUCGGGUCGGUCAUCCUCUGCCUCUGUGUGAGAGGCGCCUCUCACGGCCGUGAGACAACAAUUGCAUGCGUGCGUGCCCUGCCUGCCCCACAGACCACAACAAACGAUUCUAAAUUAUUAGCCACAGCUCACAGCACAUAGCACACAUCUCCGAGAUGCGUUCCCGUAGCAAUUCGGGCGUCCGCUUGGACUACUAUCAGCGCAUUGUUCACCGACUGAUAUUGGCGCACCAGGAGCCGGUUACCGGCCUAUUUCCUGCCUCCAAUGUCAACUCGCAUGCAUGGAUACGCGACAAUGUGUACUGCAUUCUGGCCGUUUGGGGCUUGUCGAUGGCCUACAAGAAGAUCGCCGACCAGGACGAGGAUCGUGCCAAAUGCUAUGAGCUGGAGCAAAGCUGUGUGAAGCUAAUGCGCGGCCUGCUCAUGGCCAUGAUGAACCAAAAGGACAAGGUCGAAAAGUUCAAGAUGACGCAGAGCCCGUACGAUUCGCUGCAUGCCAAGUACUCCAGCAAGAAUGGCCUGCCCGUGGUCGGGGAUGGCGAGUGGGGUCAUCUGCAGAUCGAUGCCGUCUCUCUGUAUCUGCUGAUCCUGGCCCAAAUGACGGCCUCUGGCCUGCAGAUUGUCUUCUCCCUGGACGAGGUGUCGUUCAUACAGAACCUGGUCUUUUACAUUGAGUCGGCCUACUCCAUACCCGACUAUGGCAUCUGGGAGCGAGGCGACAAGACCAAUCACGGUGAGCCGGAAUUGAAUGCCAGCUCCAUUGGCAUGGCCAAGGCCGCCUUGGAGGCCAUGAACGAAUUGGAUUUGUUUGGUGCACGCGGCGGACCGGCCAGCGUCAUUCAUGUGCUGGCCGACGAGGCGCACAAAUGCCAGGCCGUGCUGCAGUCGAUGCUGCCACGUGAAUCCAACAGCAAGGAGCUGGACUCGGGCCUCCUGUGUGUGAUUGGCUUUCCCGCGUUUGCCGUGGACGAUGCCCAGCUGAUACACAAAACCAAAGAUGCGAUUCUGUCCCGCCUGCAGGGCAAAUACGGCUGCAAGCGUUUCCUGCGCGAUGGCUAUCGCACACCGAAGGAAGAUCCCUCCAGGCUCUACUACGAGCGCUGGGAGUUGCGCAUGUUCGAGAACAUCGAAUGCGAAUGGCCGCUCUUCUUCUGCUACCUCAUCCUGUUCCAUGCAUUUCAAAACGACAAACGCUCGGUGCAGGAGUAUGCCGAUCGUUUGGAGAAGAUAAUGGUCCGCUCCGAGGAUGGCACACUGCUGGUGCCCGAAAGCUAUGCUGUGCCCCAGGAUCUGGUUGGAUUUGAGUACCAAAAACCGGGCUCACAGCUGCGCGAAGUUGUGGGCCGUUGCCCCUUCCUUUGGGGUCAAUCGCUCUUCAUUUUGGGCCGCCUAUUGCAGGAGGGUUUCCUGGCUGUGGGCGAACUGGAUCCAUUGAAUCGUCGCCUGGGUGCCCAAAAGAAACCCGAUGUGGUCGUCCAAGUGGUGAUCAUUGCCGAGGACAAUGAGAUACGCGACAAGCUGGCCGAGCAUGAUCUGCAUGUCCAGACCAUAGCCGAGGUGGCGCCCAUUGAGGUGCAGCCCGCACGUGUCCUUAGCCACCUAUACACGUAUCUGGGGCGUAAUCGCAAGCUGGGGCUCAGCGGUCGCAAGUCCCGCGAUGUGGGCAUACUCAGCACCAGCAAGUUGUACUCCCUAAAGGAUCGUAUAUUUGCCUUCACGCCGCAGCAUAUCGACUAUGAAGAAUACUAUACAACACGCGAUCCCGAUUUGCUUGCCAGCAAUUUUACCACAAAUUUAGCAUUCUUGACCAACAAUUGGCGUCACAUGUUGGGCAGGCCGACAAUCACACUAAUGGCAACCCACUAUAUGCUAGACCAGGACAAGAUACCGCUGGCCAUGAUCCAAACGAUGAGGAAACUCAAGUCGGGCUACAUCAAUGGCACCCGCGUGAUGUUGGGCAGCCUGAAGGACUUUCUCAACACCUCGGCCAUCACGGACUUGAGUUUUCUGGGCAGCACCGAGGAUGGCUAUCCGGACCGUUUGCAUCCCGAUGUGCAGACCUAUUUGGAUGAGCAUCUGCUGCGCUCGUUCAGCAAUCGCAGUACAAUGAAUCUACGCGGCGCACAGCUGAGGCCACGCACCCUACGCCGGCGCAUGUCCUGCAAGGGAGCCAUCAAGAAGACGCGCUCCAUAAAUGUCGACUCCGAUAACCUGGGCAUGGAGGGGCCCUCACCGCUCACCGAACGGCGACUGUCGUCGGUGGUGCCGCCGCCCUGGCUGCAGGCCAACAAGCAGAGCCAUGUCUCAGUGUUUGCCACCACGCCCGAGGAGGGGCCCAGCUCGCCGAAUCUCCUUCUGGGCAACGAGCUGGUCAUUCGCGAGAAUAUCUAUCCCGUGGAUCCGCACGGACCGAAUCGUUCGGCCAUCGAUAGGCGCAGCGAGUUUGUGCGCCAGCAAGAGAUAACGGUGCCAAAAAUUCUCAUCCAACGCCAUCGGGCGGAAACCAAUUUUGCGGACACAGAGGUGGAGGAGCUGAUUGCCAUGUUGCGCGAGACGGAGAAUCUCGAGGAGCAGGGCGACAUACUGCAGUAUCUGGUCGAUACACAGGGCCUGGACUUUAAUACAGCUGGCCUGGGAUUUAAGAAUAAAUCGGAUGAUAAUGCCUCUGCCAUGGCCGGAGCUGGAGCCACACCGAAUUCGGCCAAGGAUAAGGCCAAUGCCACUUCGACGCCCAAAACGACUUCGACACCGACACCAGGAGGCGCCGCUGCCGCCUCCACCGCCAAUAGCAGCAGCAGCAAUAGCAGCAGCAACAUCAACAGCCACAGCCACAACAUCAGCAACAGCAGCAACAAUAGCAACAAUAGCAACAGCAGCAGCAGCACCAACACCACUAACAACUGCAACAACAGCAGCCUCAAUCUGAAUCUGAAUGUGAAUCCGUCUAACAACGAUUCUUCUCACUCUGAAGGAAUGCUGGAGGAGGGACGCGUGGUCACCGUGCGAGACCUGCUCAAGGGCCUCUACGAGAAGGCCUGCCAGCAGAAGCUCUGGGGACUGGUGCGUCACACGGCCGGGAUGUUGGGCAAACGUGUCGAGGAUCUGGCCAAGGCCGUCACCGAUUUGCUGGUGCGCCAGAAGCAGGUCACCGUCGGCAUGCCACCCAAUAAUGAGCACACCAUAACGGCACCCCUGCCCGAAGGAGAGCUGCGCCAACUGAUACACGAUGCCUAUGGAGAUGAUGAGAGCACAGCAAUGCUCACACAGGAGCUGAUGGUCUACCUGGCCAUGUUCAUACGCACCGAGCCGCAGUUGUUUCACGAAAUGUUGCGUCUGCGCGUCGGCCUGAUCAUUCAGGUGAUGGCCAAAGAGCUGUCGCGCACCUUGAACUGUGACGGUGAGGCGGCAUCGGAGCAUUUACUUAACCUCUCGCCCUUCGAGAUGAAGAAUCUCCUCUAUCACAUACUCAGCGGCAAGGAGUUCGCUGUCAGCAGUGUGGCGCGUGGCAAUCUGUCGAUUGUCAGCUGCAAGAGCAGUCGCGUCAGCAAGAAGAGCCAGAUCGGUCUGGGCGAUCCGGAGGGCGAGGAUGCCCUGAUGGCGACCAUCGAUGAUCGGCAGGGCCAGUGGCUCCGUCGUCGUCGUCUUGAUGGCGCCCUCAAUCGGGUGCCGCGUGAUUUCUACUCGCGCGUCUGGACGGUGCUGGAGAAGUGCCAGGGCCUGGCCAUCGAGGGACGUGUACUGCAGCAGAGCCUCACCCAGGAGAUGACGCCCGGCGAGCUUAAGUUCGCCCUCGAAGUGGAGACGGCCCUCAAUCAGAUCCCACAGCCCGAGUAUCGGCAGCUGGUGGUCGAGGCCCUAAUGGUGCUCACCCUGGUCACCGAGCACAAUAUGGUGCCCACACUGGGUGGCAUCAUUUAUGUGGAGCAUCUGGUGCACAAGGCCAAUCAGUUGUUCCUCGAGGAUCAGCGCAAGGUCCAAGGCGAUGCCACACUGUGCUGUGCCAAGAUCAAGGAUGGCAAGGAGCAGCAGCAGGCCGCUUCGGGGAUGUUACUGUGUGGCGGUGCGGCCUAUAUUUGUCAGCAUCUGUACGACAGCGCUCCCAGCGGCAGCUAUGGAACCAUGACAUACAUGUCGCGUGCCGUGGCACUCGUACUGGACUGUUUGCCCAAGCACGGUGAAAUGGAGUGCGCCAUCUCCUAAGGAUCCACACCCCAUCCCACCCCCGAAAGCGAAGGGAUCUGCGCCCACUUAAUGCCAAUUUUUGCAACUUUGGAAACGUCCUCUCUCUCAGUCACUCACCCCCUUUAUCUAUCUAGCUAUCUAUCCAUCUCUCUCUCUCUCUCUCCCCCCGUUUUCUCUUUUUGUGUGUCUGUGUGUGUGUGUGCGUGUGUGUGUGUAUUAAACCCAACGAUAAUUUUAGUCCAGAGGCCAAUUGUAUAUAUUUUAAAGACCUCUAUUUAAAGCCCUUUCAUUUUUGUGUGUGUUUUCUCUGUGCUUGUUUUAACCCAACAAAAAUUCCGAAAACGGUAACCCCUUCAUCGCUUUAUACGAGACACAUAUAUAACUUAUAGGACCCCCAAUGCCUCGUACUCCUCUUCGAUAACCUUGUCCACUUUAUGGAUAUUAUAUCCAUAGGCCAUAUAUAACACCACCCCCCCUAGCCCGACCUGCCGCUACCGCUACCGAUUUGGGUGCGCAAAACGACGAAAACUAUUUUUUUUAUUAAUUGUUGUAACUUUUCAUUUUGAAAAAAUGCUCUGACUCCCCGCCACAUACCCCCCACAUUUGAUACGUUUGGAUUGUAAUGAAGGAACGCGAAAGAUUUACAAUAAAAAUGUGUGUUUGCAAUGUUAA